AACAUCCGCUUCUAAUUCUUCGUGCCCCAAUAUACUAGAGGGAAAAACGUAAGCUAAAAUGAGGACUUUCUCAACCUUUGUUCUUCUUGUUAUUGUUCUUUUGGCUGCUUGUGGAAAUGGACCAGUGGUGGUGAGUGCAAAAACCUGCGAAGAGAAGCUACUUACUACACCUGACUGUACUGGAGCUCUGUGUACUGGUCAGUGUAAGAAUAUACACGGAGAUGGUGCUGUGGGGAAAUGUAAUCUAUCUGUGGAAUGCUAUUGUACUUUUCCUUGUUAAUUUCAUCUCACGUUGAAAGAGGUUGCAAGGCAGACACAUUUGUAACUUCACCUCUUUCACAAAUCUACCCGAAAUAAAGAUAAAAAAUUAUU